GCCAGAGCGGACGCGCCUCCCUCCGCCACAGGGCCACUGAGAGGCCGUACGUCUGGUCGCGCGGCGUCUGCGGCUCACGCUCGGGGAUGGAUCAGGGAUCCGCCGCGGGGACCGGAGGGACCUUCAUUUCCCUGAGCGACACUGAGCAGAGAUGUUACUCCGGGCUGUACGCGCUCUGUCAGCCCGACAGCAGCGGCAAACCGGCGGCGGGGAAAGUGGCGGAGCUGUUCCGGGCGUCGCAGCUGCCGGCCGAGACGCUGCACCAGGUAACAGAAGUGUGUGGUGCUAAGCGGCUUGGCUAUUUCGGCUGUGGACAGUUUUACGUGGCUCUGAAGCUGAUGGCCGCGGCGCAGGCGGGUUUGCCGGUACGUCUGGAGAGCAUCUCAGGUGAACUUCCUCUUCCUGUGUUUGUCGGGAUAACGAACGAGCUUGAGAUGCGUUACCCCAAUCAACCCUUGACCAAUGAGAGCCAGUCUCACAUCCUGGGCUCGGUUGCAGGCUCCGCCCCUCGUCCCCCUGCAGACAGACCUGUACUCAGACACCCUGACACCAGCAUGGACAAGCAGGAGGCGUGGUCUCCACCACAGUCACCAGGCAUCUCCCCGCCCCGUUCACCAUCAGCCUAUCGCAGCUAUCCAUAUGGUGCACAGAGAAAUGGAACAGACACACUAUUGGCGUAUGACGCUAAAGUGCCGGGUCGUCCCAGCGUUCCUCAGGAAAACUCCUCUCCCAGUCAUUAUUCUGUCAAACUGCAGCCGGAGCAGCCUGUCAUCACACACGUUGCGUCUGUGGAGCGGCUGGUGGAGCGCGUGGAGGUCGAUUACUCAGACGACCCCUGGAGGAUCACAGAGGAGCAGCGUGAAUACUAUACCAACCAGUUCAGGAGUCUCCAGCCUGACCUCAGCGCUCUCAUCAUGGGAACUGUUGCAAAAAACUUCUUCACCAAGUCGAAGCUUUCGAUUCCAGAGCUGUCUCAUAUAUGGGAGCUGAGCGAUGUCGACAAGGACGGCGCUCUCACUUUCCCGGAGUUCUGCACUGCCUUCCAUCUGAUAGUGGAGCUGUCUCAUAUAUGGGAGCUGAGCGAUGUCGACAAGGACGGCGCUCUCACUUUCCCGGAGUUCUGCACUGCCUUCCAUCUGAUAGUGGCCCGGAAAAAUGGUUACCCUCUUCCUGAAACGCUCCCUGCCACGCUGAGACCGGGCUUUGUGGAAGCAGGUGUGGUUACAGCGCCACCAUAUGAGGCAACUCUACCUCUUAUUGUCUUUGAUGACAAUAUGAUGCCUGGAGCCAAUCAGCUCAAAAUGGGUUCUGUUGACCUGCAGGUGACCUCUAGACCAGGUGUGACUGCUAAACAGGAAGCGAGAGAUGAAAGCAGGAAACCGGAAUUCAGCCCAAAGAGAAUUCCAGAGCCACAUGAAAAGCCAAUACAGCAUGUCAGCACUUUAAAACCAGAUUCGCCACAAGAACUUGAUGCAAACAUGAAGUCAAGAACACGGCCCAGGUCAUAUUCCAGCACCUCCAUAGAUGAUGCCAUGAAGAAGGUGGAGGAGCCUCCCACUCCUCCUCCUCGACCCCAGAAGACUCACUCCCGCGCCUCCUCUCUCGACCUCAACAAGCUCUUCCAACAGAGCGGUCAAUGUGCUAAAAGUGGCUGGUUGCCUCCUCCUCCAGCUCUCCCUCCACGACCACCAGCUACACAGAUCUUCAGCUUCCUCCCUGGCUCAGAGAAGAGUUCCCAGAAGGCCGUUCAGCAGCCAAACUUUGCAGAUUUCAGCAAGUAUAGGGAGGAGGUGAGUAGAUGUUCACAUUGAUCCUACUGACAAGUAAGGCAUUACUAACACUACUAAAACACACACAAUUUAAUAACCUCAGAUGUGGGAUCACUAAACUGGC